ACAAUUCUCAAACCUACCUUUACUACGCACAAAGAAAACGCGUACAAUAACCAUGCCUCGGAUUUCCUUUCUCUUCUUUCUCCUUUACCUAACAAGCCUAAUUUCUCAUCAUGGCACUAUCGCCCAGCAAGACUUCUUAAAGUAUGUCUGUGGUGAAGGCCCCGCUAACAGCAAUAGUUCCUUCCGAUCCAACCUCAGAAACCUUUUACUAAACAUGUCUUUCAACACACAAAUCGACUAUGGUUUCUACAACUUCUCCUCCGGCAACAACGCUAACAAAGUUUAUGUCAUCGGACUAUGCCGAGGAGACAUUACUGUACAAGAUUGCCGCAGUUGCAUCCAAGAUUCGAGGGUGAUUAUUCUCCAAGUAUGUUCACCUAAUGCGAGGGAAGCGAUCGGGUGGUACGACAUCUGCUUUCUACGAUACUCAAAUCGAUCGAUAUUUGGUGUGAUGGAAACAUCGCCGGGUUACAAUUCGUCAGACAGCUCCGACGCUUUGGAGAAAGACGAGUUCAAGAAUGUGCUGAUGCAGAUGAUGAGUUAUCUGAGAGAAAGAGCUGCUUCCGGAGACUCGCUCCGGAAGUUUGCGGUGGCGAAUGCUAGUUGUCCGGGCAAUCAAACCAUGUACGGUCUUGCACAGUGCACGCCCAACUUGUCGAACAAGGAUUGUGACAUUUGCCUGAGUGGGGCAAUCUCUGAUAUUUCUAAAUGUUGCGACGGAAAGAGAGGUGGUCGGGUGGUCCGACCCAGUUGCUACAUUAGAUUUGGACCCGAUAGCUUCUUUGACGCUUCUGCAUACAAUAAUACACAAUCAUUUGUGCAAUCACCGUUGCCUCAUCUUGCCUCCAAACAAGGAAAGAGAAACAAGUCAUCAAGGAUUGUUAUUGCCGUGGUUGUUGCCUUCACCGCAGGACUCACCUUACUCAUCUUCAUCGUUGUAAUAUAUUUAAAACCAAUGAGGACACCCAAUAAAAUGGAAACUGAAGCUAAGGAUGCAGCCGACUCAUUGCAAAUGGACUUUGAAACCAUCAGAAUGGCAACAAAUGAUUUUGCUGAUGCAAAUAAGCUUGGACAAGGUGGAUUUGGAGCCGUUUACUUGGGUAGGUUGUAUAAUGGACAAGAGAUUGCUGUAAAAAGGUUGAGCAGGAAUUCUGGCCAAGGUGAUGUGGAGUUUAAGAAUGAAGUGGUGCUAAUGGCCAGGCUACAACAUCGGAAUUUAGUCAAGCUAGUUGGUUUUUGUCUCAAGAAAGAAGAAAGGCUUCUUGUUUAUGAGUUCCUUCCUAACAAAAGCCUUGAUUACUUUAUUUUUGAUCCAAUCAAGAGAGCAUGUUUAAAUUGGCAAAAGCGUGUCAAAAUUAUAGAAGGCAUUUCUCGAGGUCUUCUUUAUCUCCAUCAAGAUUCUCGAGUACGGAUCAUUCACCGUGAUUUAAAGCCAAACAACAUACUUUUAGAUGAAGACAUGAAUGCUAAGAUCUCAGAUUUUGGUAUGGCAAGGUUAUUUGCAGUCGAUCAAACUCAAAGCAACACAAGUACAAUUGUUGGGACUUAUGGAUACAUGGCACCAGAAUAUGUAAAACAUGGAAUCUUUUCAACAAAGUCAGAUGUUUUUAGUUUCGGAGUAUUGGUUUUAGAAAUUAUAAGUGGUCAAAAGAAUGGUGAAUUCCACAUUGGGGAGAACAUAGAGCAUAUAGGAACUGCUGCUUGGAAAAGUUGGAGUAAAGGAAUAUUGUCAAAUAUUGCAGAUCCAACAUUAUUGAUUGAAGAAGAAGGCUCUUCAAGAAGUGUAAUGAUGAGAUGCAUCCAAAUAUGUUUACUGUGUCUUCAAGAAAACGCAGCUCAUAGGCCAUCAAUGGCUUCCAUUGUUACGUUGCUAAGUAGCUCCUCCUGUACCAUCCCAGUUCCUUCAGAACCAUUCUUUUAUAAUUGGACAAGCAUGCCAAGUAUUAAGAUUAUUCCAUCGUCAUCAUUUGGAGAUCAAUCUGUUGAAGAAUCGAGAAAUGAACUUACUUUUACAGAGCAAUUUCCUCGCUAGAUCAUCAUUUUCAAGCAUAUGUAGGGGCCAAGGGACUUGAGAAAUUUGUUAUACUACUCAUAAAUAUACACCUAGCUUUUUAAA